CCAUCCCCUGCAGAUAUGGGAGGAGGUGAAACAUGCUGGACCCAGCUGCUGCUGGUAGUUUCUAUGGGAUUUUCCUCGCUGAUUUAUCCAGCUGCAUCAUCACAAAUGGAAGUGAUGUCUGCCCCCAGCGUGCUGCGAGCAGGAACAGCAGAAAAUAUCUUCCUAGAGAUUCAAGACUGUGCUUGUGAAGCGGACAUGCGUGUUGUGCUCAGUGUGAUGAAUUUUCCCACUAAAACCACAUUACUGACAUCCAAAUCUGUGACCCUCACUAAGGCAAACAAUUAUCAGGAUUUUGGAAGAAUUACGAUCCCUCUUGAAGACUUCAGUCAGGAUCCAGCUAUAAAGCAGUAUGUUUUUCUUCAAGCUUCGUUCCCAAACCGAAAGCUGGAGAAGCUCGUGUUAGUCUCCUUCCAGUUCGGCUACAUUUUCAUCCAGACUGACAAGAAUGUCUAUACUCCAGAAAGCAACGUCUUCUACAGGAUCUUUGCAGUGAACCAGGCUUUGGAGUCUGUAGGGAUGGAAAAUGAUGACGAGAUGAAAAAUGUGGUGGACGUUGAGAUUGUGUCCCCAGAUGGCCUCAUAGUGCAACAUGAUUCUUAUAUUCUGAGAUCAGGCGUCUUCUCUGGAAGUUACUUACUUCCUGCUAAUUUCAGAAAUAACGGACAGUGGCAGGUGGUGGCAAUGUUCCAGAGUGACAGAAGGCAUAAAUUUGCUGCAGAGUUUGAGGUAAAAGAAAAUGUCCCUCCCAGUUUUGAAGUUAAACUGACACCUGGGACCUCCUUCUUUCGUGUGGACAGCAAUGCGUUGACAAUUAACAUUCAAGCUAGGUAUGUUUAUGGUAAAGAGGUGGAUGGAACAGGCUAUGUGGUAUUUGGGCUUAUAGAUAGACAUCUAAAAAAGAGCUUUCCAGGCUCUCUUCAGAGAGUCCCGAUUGUGCGCGGUAAUGGACAAGCCACCUUGAAAAGGGAGCACAUCACACAAAUCUUUUCAGACAUCGCCAACAUUGUGGGAAGCUCCAUUUAUGCCACUGUUGGUGUGCUGACAGACGGGGGAGAUGAAAUGGUGACGACAGACAUAAAAGGCAUCAAAAUCGUCACAUCACCCUACUGCAUCACUUUCAAGAGAACGCCCAGAUUUUUUAAACCAGGAAUGUCAUUUCCUGUAAUGGUUGAGGUUGUGAAUCCUGAUGACACUCCAGCACCAGGUGUAGCUGUCACAGUUGAUCCUGGUUCAGUUACAGCCACCACUACAGUCAAUGGCGUGGCAAGGGUCGACAUCAAUACUGUACAAAACUUACAAUCCCUGACUAUAACGGUAAGGAGCAAUGAUCCUGGGAUUCCACCUCAAAGACAAGCAUCAGCCAGCAUGACGGCUUACCCACAUACAACCAAAAGCAACACUUAUAUCCACAUAGAUGUGGAUACAUAUGAGAUGGAAGUAGGAGGAAACAUGAGAAUCAGCCUUAUUUUUAAUAGGCCAGAAGGUCAAAAAGACAUUACUUUACUGUUUUUGAGCAGAGGUCAGCUGGUGAAAUAUGAACGACACAAAAAUUAUGGCCGCUCAAUAAUGUCCCUGGUGACUGAAAUCACUAAAGCAAUGCUGCCAUCGUUUCGCGUCAUAGCCUACUAUACAAGUUCUGAUGAAGUGAUAUCAGACUCUGUUUGGAUCAACGUAAAGGACACCUGCACGGGAAUGCUGAAGCUGGAGAUAUUGAGACCUGCAGCAUCCCAUGAACCUCACAAAUCGUUGGAUCUGAAGAUCACAGGAGAUCCAGAGGCCAUGGUGGGACUGUUGGCAGUUGACAAAAGCUUCCACACCUCAAACAAGCAUCGCCUGAUACAGAAAAAGAUUUGGGACAUAGUGGAAAAGUACGACACAGGCUGCACACCCGGAGGAGGGAAGGACAGCAUGAAUGUGUUCUACGACGCCGGGCUGUUGUUUGAGUCUGGAGGCGGUGGGACACCCUACCGGACGGAUUUUAAAUGUUCGACACCCAGCAGGAGGAAACGAGCCAUUACUUCAACGAGCAACAGAACCAGUUUGGAAGGGUACAGUGAUGAUUUUAUUGUCCGCACCACGCUUCCUGAAAGUUGGCUAUGGACUGAGAUCCAACUGAGCGCUUGCCCUCCAAAUGAUCCUAACUGUGCUUUCACAUCUUUGGUAAAAAAGAUUUUCUUGCCAGACUCCGUAAGAUCCUGGCACUUUACUGGCAUUAGUCUGUCAAGAGCUCACGGUAUCUGUGUAGCUGAUCCUUUAGACGUCACUGUGUGGAAGAAUUUCUUCAUUGAUCUCACUUUACCGUACUCUGUUGUUCAUGGAGAGCAAUUGGAAAUUAAGGCAGUUCUUCACAACUAUCUCUCUGACCGUAUAACUGUCCUUGUGGAUCUGGAAGAGGAUGAAAAUGUGUGCAGUGCAGCUUAUAGGCGUGGGAGGUACCGUCAGGAGGUCCAAGUUGAACCUUAUUCUACUCGACCUGUUCCAUUCAUAUUUAUUCCCAUGAAGGUUGGAGAAAUGACCAUAAAGGUCAAAGCAUCAGUCAAAAACAUGUCUCUCACAGAUGGAGUCCAGAAGCAACUUCGGGUGGUGUCUAGAGGUAUACUAGUAAAAUCCCAACAGACUGUCUUACUAGACCCCAGCAGAAAAGGUUUAGCUGGAAAUCAAGUGGAAACUAUUAACAGUAACAUUCCUUCUCAAGAUUUAUUACCAAACACACCUACAAACACAAUCAUCUAUCUGACAGGCAGAAAGCCGUUACCGUUACAACCCAAUGAAGCCUCGAGUGGUGCUUCUGUGGGUCAUAUGAUCAGGGUAGCAGGUGGUAGCGGAGAGCAAAAUAUGCACUAUCUGUCCCUGACUGUCACUGCAACUUUAUAUUUGGAUAAAACCAAUCAGUGGGACUCAGUCGGCAUUGAGAAACGGAAUGAAGCUCUGGAGACAAUAAGGACAGGCUACCUACAUGAACUUCAAUUCAGGAAAGAUGAUGGGUCUUUUUCUAUGUUCUCUUCUUUCUCAAGCAGCACCUGGCUGACUGCCUUCGUGGCCAAGGUGUUUGCUAUGGCAAAUAGUCUGGUGGCGGUAGAUAGAAGCCAUAUCUGUGAUGCCAUCAAGUUUCUUAUUUUUAAGGCUCAGCAACCUGACGGCAGGUUUUCUGAAGUUGGAAGAGUGCUACAAAAGGAAUUUACUGGUGAUGUUACCGGCACAGAUUCAGAUGCCUCCAUGACAGCUUUCUGUCUGAUUGCUCUGAAGGAGUCACAAGGAAUAUGUUCUGACACUGUUAACGUGAUGUCCUGGAGUAUUACCAAGGCCGCAUCCUACCUGGAGAAUAGUCUCUCUGGCCUCACUAACCCUUACGCUGUUGCAAUGACAUCAUAUGCCUUGGCGACUGAAAACAAACUGAACAAAGAGAUCCUCUUCAAGUUUGCUGCUCCAGAUCGAUCACAUUGGCCUUCACAGAAGGGACAGGUUUACACUCUGGAGGCUACAGCUUAUGCUGUUCUUGCACUCAUCAAGGCCAAGGAGUUUGAGAAAGCCAAACCUAUUGUGGAAUGGAUUUGCCUUCAGCAGAGGGUAUAUGGAUAUGGAGACACUCAGGCUACUAUUACAGUGUACCAGGCUGUAGCCGAGUACUGGACCAAUGCUAAAGAAACAGAGGAUGAUCUGGUGGUGGAACUCGAUUUGCCACACAUGUUUAUACCUGUGAAGUACAAGUUAAACAAGGAAAACUACCACAUCACAAGAGUAUCAAAGUUCUGGGGCAUAAACAGGGAUUUAAAAGUGACUGCCAGUGGAACGGGAAAAGCAAGCCUGAAGGUGGUGUCACUUUAUCAUGUAGUACCCCAGGAUCUGGAGCCACAGUGUAAAUUUGACCUGAAUGUGGAGCUUAUACCUGAAAAAAUGACUGAAAAUGAGAAAAUAUACAGGCUGAAAAUACAGAUGUUGUUUAAAGACAGGGGUCGUGAUGCAUCUAUGUCAGUCUUGGAUGUUGGUUUACUAGCUGGCUUCACUUUUAACAAAAAUGACCUGGACUUGCUAUCUGGAAGGCGCGGCCUAACCAUUGGAAAAUAUGAGACUAACUCAGGUCUGUCAGAAAGAGGCUCACUCAUCAUCUACCUGGACAAGAUUUCUAACAAGACACCAGAGGAAGUCUCCAUUAGGAUUCAUCAGCUUAUCAGCGUGGAUGUCUUACAACCAGCUGCUGUUUCAGUUUAUGACCCCUUUGAUAAGGAACAUUGUGUAAAAUUCUACCACCCUCAGCGGAGAAAUGGACAGCUGCAGUCAAUUUCUUUAAAUGACGAAUAUGUUUGUGCUGAAGAGAAAUGUGGUCUUCAGAAAAAAGGAAACGUCCACAGCAACGAACGCACUGCAAAGGCUUGUGAAAACACACCUAGCAACAAAGUGGAUUUUGUUUAUAAAGUGAGAGUGGAAGUGUUGACUGACGGUUUGUCUACUGACCGUUACAUAAUGAGGAUAGAUGAAGUCUUGAAACAAGGAAUUGAUACAGACCUACAAGGUAAACUUCGUUCAUUUAUUGGUGUUCCACACUGCAGAGAGGCUCUUGGUCUGACUACAGACAAAACCUACCUGAUCAUGGGCUCAUCCAGAAAUAUUCACAGAGAUGAAUCUCAAUUCCAGUAUGUGCUUAGUGAGGAGAUGUGGAUUGAGUACUGGCCCACACGUCUAGAGUGUAUCUCUGACACAUAUCGAGCCACCUGCAUGGGUCUGGAGGACCUGAGAGAUGUGGUUGAGAUCUAUGGAUGUCCAAAUUAAGAAGAGUCAUCUUCUAAUUAAUAUUUUUAUGUAAAAAAUGAACUACAUGCUGAUUUAGAAGACACUGGAACACUCAGUCACAAUAAAGUCUGAUG